AUGGCGUCAGCGGCCACGAAAUUUGUUCAGAUAGUAGAAAAAUAUCCAUGUUUAUACAACAAUAAUUUAGCUGAAUAUUCUAGAAAAUAUUUAACUGAAAAGGCUUGGAGUGAGGUGGCGAAUGAAAUGCAAUGGACGAUAAACGAUUGUAAGGAAAAAUGGAAAAAUAUUAGAAACGGUUUUGUUCGAAGUUUAAAACCGAAGGCUAGUGAAUCUGCUACCACCAGAAAAAAAUACUAUUUGCACGAUAAGAUGCAAUUUAUAUUACCAUACGUAAAACCAGUCGUUCACAUUGAAGAAAAUGGAUAUUUACUAAAUCCUGAAUUAUCGCCUCUCAAUCAGGAACCUGCGUCCACCGAAGAGCGGGACGUUGAUUCUAACAGGAAUAUUACGGAAGAAACUAAUUCAGAAACUCUUUCCCAUGUUGAAAAGCCGUCGUCGUCGUUCCAAAAACAAAAAAAAACUAAUUAA